CAUAGGAUAUAUAUUCGCGCAGAGAGAGAGAGAAGAAGGAGGAAGAGUGUGAGACUAUGGAAGCUCCGAAGUUAUUGCUGUUGAUUUUGCUGAUUCCUUGCGACUUGUUUAUCGGCAAAUCCCUCGGAGAUGGCGUCACUCAUGAAGAAGCCAAAGAGCUCAGAGAUGAGGUGCGUGAGAUGUUCUACCAUGCAUUUAACGGAUACAUGAACCAUGCUUUUCCACGCGAUGAGUUAAGGCCUUUAUCUUGUGGAGGAGAAGACACACUUGGUGGCUAUGCCUUAACAUUGAUUGACUCAUUGGACACCUUGGCUUUGCUUGGUGACAGAGAGCGCUUUACUGCUUCUGUUGAAUGGAUUGGUAAAAAUCUUCGGUUUGAUAUUAACAAAACAGUAUCUAUCUUUGAGACUACAAUCCGUAUCCUUGGAGGUUUAAUUUCUGCUCAUCUCAUUGCAAGUGACCACAACACGGGCAUGAGGAUUCCCUCUUAUGAUGAUGAGUUGCUUCACUUGGCUGAAGACUUGGCACGGAGAAUGCUGCCUGCAUUUGAUACUCCUACAGGAAUUCCAUUUGGAUCAGUAAAUUUGUUGCAUGGAGUCGAUGAAAAUGAAAGCAAGAUAACAUCAACUGCUGGUGGAGGGACACUGACAUUAGAAUUUGGGAUACUCAGCCGCUUAACUAAUGAUCCCAUUUUUGAGCAAGUUGCAAAGAAUGCAGUUCGAGGAUUAUGGGCUCGCCGGUCAAAGAUCAAUCUAGUUGGUGCUCAUAUAGAUGUUUUUUCGGGUGAAUGGACACAAAAGGAUGCUGGGAUAGGGACGAGUAUAGACUCUUUCUAUGAAUAUCUCCUAAAGGCUUAUUUGCUGUUUGGUGAUGAAGAAUAUCUUUUCAUCUUCCAGGAAGCUUACAAGGCUGUUAUGAAGUAUCUCUUUAGUGAUCCUUGGUAUGUAGAGGUAAAUAUGAAUUCUGCUGCCCUUGUCUGGCCUUUAUUUAACAGCUUACAGGCAUUCUGGCCAGGUCUUCAGGUUCUGGCAGGGGAUAUCGAGCCUGCCAUUAGAACACAUGCUGCAUUCUUCAGCGUCUGGAGAAGAUAUGGGUUUACCCCAGAGGGUUUCAAUCUAGCUACGCUCAGUGUUCAACAAGGCCAGAAAAGCUAUCCUCUGCGUCCUGAAUUGAUUGAGAGCACCUAUUGGCUGUACAAAGCUACCAGAGAUCCUAGGUAUCUUGAUGCUGGAAGGGAAAUUCUUGCUAGCUUGCAAUAUGGUGCUCGAUGCACUUGUGGAUAUUGUCAUAUAUCUGAUGUUGAAUUUCACAAACAAGAAGAUCACAUGGAGAGCUUCUUCUUGGCAGAAACUCAGGAUUCAGCCAAAUUGACGAAAACUAGUAGCCCCUCCAGCUUCUCUGAUUCUCCAGGCCUUCUACUGCCUCCUAACCCUAUAAAUCUUGGCUUACACCCUGCAAUUUUGACACCAAAACCUGCAAAACAUUGUUGUGAAACCUCGUGAAGCACUUAGGUGGCAUUGAUGUUUAAAGUAGGGUUGGGUUGGCCAUCUUAUAGGCGUCUAACUUAGUGACAUAAUUAAGGCAAUUAUCAUUUCUCUUGUUAUUUCUACAGUGAUCCUAAUUGAAAAGUCAUCGAGGGACAGCAAAAUCAGGUUGGCGCACAAUUAAUAUGAUACCAUAUCCAGUACUCUUAUUCAUGGACCUAAUAAUGUACAACUAAUGUUUGUUGUUACAUCUAAAGCAGUUUCAUUUGACUUCAAAUACUAGAUUGAGGUGCUUAACUUUUCCUUUUGAUUGUAAACAUGUUCCACAUCCUAACAAGUAAUCCACUAUUCUUUCUUUAUAUAGUUUUCUUAUCUAACAUAGACUAGCUAAAUUGUAAUCAUGUUUAGACUGAAUUUUUUUUUUCUUUCUCGGUUGUGUGCAUACACGCUUAUCUUCUGUUAACUACUCACUGUUUUGAUGUAAAAGGUAAUAGAUUUCAUUCAAAAGUAUCAAGAAGGUAAAAGAAAGAGUACAAACUUGAAAAUUUCCUUCUACAUGUUGAAGGAAUGCAAAAGAUUUAACAUAGAGUUUAUAUCCUGUACAAUAUUCUUCCUACACCAUAAGUACAGACUUUUCAAGCAUCUAGAUUUAACAUGAAAUAUGGUUUCCCUGCUAUCAUUAAAACAUCUGUUAUUCCUUUCCUAUCAUUAAACUACUCACUGUUUUGAUGAGUAAAGACACGUGCUAUGGAUGAUAGUGAGGCUGAUCUUAUCAUCUGAUCUUAGUACAAGAGAAGUAACCUUCUGGUGUUUAUGUCUUGUUACUUUUAUUUUAUCUAUGAAAAAAGAAACAAAAGUAAUGUGUAUUAUAUUUGAGACUGCUCUCUCGUUGAAGUGUUGUCUUCAUUGACCUGAACAAAUGCAUGAUUAUUUUUUUUGAUGAAGUAACAAAUGCAUGAUUAUUAUUGACAAUCAUCUAUAAUAAAUCUAUGUUUCUAUCUGUCUGUCCAUCUAUCGAUAUAAUUGAUAUUUUACUCUUC